UCCUGCUGCAAACGGAUUCCUCGGACUGAUAGAACAACUGUGUACCGUCAAUAUGCAUGUCAAAUCGUGGAUCGCAUGCCUCGCGAUCUGCGUCCUGCAGCAGUCCACUGGGGUGCUCGGUGCUAAUGAUACCAGCACCAACUCCUCCGCGAUCAUCAACGUGAACGACUUCCCAAAGGACACACUCGAGACAUCAGCAUGGGCAAUCAUCCAUUCCUAGCAAACUUCGCCGGAGCAGUCCUCAGGAACGCCUCCGUCAAUGAAUUCUUCCACCAACGUAACCUUGCUUCCCCAGACAAUGGCGGCGUCUUCACCCCCAACGUCGACACCCUCUACUCCCGCGUUGUCCUCGAUCUCUCCACGCAGGACGUCGAGCUCGUCAUCCCUGCCAUCGGCGACGACCGCUACUGGAAUUAUCCCGUCUACGAUGCCUUCAGCAACGAACUCGCCAACAUCGGCAUUGUCAACGGCAACGUCCCGGGGAAAUACCUGAUCCGUCGCGCCGCGGACGUUGGAGACGCAGUAGGAUUCGACAAUUCGAGCAGCACGCUCAAGAACUCCUGUUACAAGGGCAUCGUGAGCCUGCCCGGCUCUUACGGCACCAUGCUCGUCCGUCUGGAGGUGAUCUUCAACUCGACCGCCGAACUCAAUACCCUCCGCGGCUUCCAAAACGCCUCAUCCCUCACUCCCGUCGACCGCAGACCACAGUACAACACCGAAAACCCCGCCCCGUCCUUCAAAAGUCUCGCACAGAACGGCUCCUUCCUAGGGAUCCGGUCUCCGGCGCAACAGUUGGCCUUCGCCUCGCGCGUAGUCCCCUACAACCAACCCCUAGUGUCCUCGGACCGGUACCGCGUCGCGACGAUCCUCUCCCUCGCAGGCCUCUACAACGACCGAUACACGGCUCCCGCGGGGGUGAACCUCACGCAAGCCGGCGCGCUCGCGAACCGGUCCAUCACCGCCGACGUGAACAACCCGAACAACACCCGCCCGCAAGGCAACGACUACUACCUCCUCAAGCAAUCCUACGCGGGCGUCUACGGGCGGAACUACGCCGCGCAAGCCUACGUGCAGCUCUCGGCGCCGCAGCUGCAGGUGGCCGCGCAGACGCUGUAUCCGGGCUACCGCGGCGUGGGCUUCAACAGUUUUUAUCCGAUCCCUGCGAACGGGAGCUGGCUGUUCACGUUCUGGGGCAAACCGAAGCUCAAGAAGAAUGGGUUCUGGAGUCUGUCGGUCUACGGCGGUGAUGGGAAUCUCGUGAGGAAUAGCCUGAAUCGCUUCUCCGCCGGGGACCGCACGUACGACAUGACGUAUCGCGAUGGGGGAUAUAUCUAUGGUCCCAAGGCGAAUGCGUCCAGGGAUGGCCCGUUUGAUGUUUUGCUGCAGAGGAAGGGGGUCCCGCCGCCGAAGAAUUGGACGGGAAAUUGGUUGCCGAGUGAGGAUUCGUUUUAUAUGCUUUUGAGGUGGUAUGUACCCGAAGAUGCUAUGACCAAUGGGUCGUAUGUCUACCCAAUGGUGAGGAAUAUCUCGCAGAUCCUCGCAUGAGAGGAUUGAUGAGGAGAUAAAUUGCCUGCGCGUGGAUCUCAUUGGUAGGUAUUUUGCAGAAGGCGCGGUGAACCGUGCCA